AUGGCCCCUCCUGUGCCACAGCUGGAGCAGGGCUGUGGCCUCCCCACAGCAGCCAAGGAGUGCCUGAGCUCCGUUGCCAGCCAGGAUGUCCCGACCCCACAGAGGCCCCGAGCGGUUUUCCACACCAGGGAGAGCGACCCGGCCAAGCACACGGAGCAGCACGAGGGUCGGCACUACAACAUCCCCCUGGAGGAGGUGAAGGCCGUGUUCCCACAUGGGCUCCCCUACCGCUUCCAGCAGCAGGUACUCCAGCUUGGAGCAGCUUUGGAGGGAGGGACACAGAGGAUCCUCCCAGGGAAAAACCUGCCUGAAGGACAGGAGGAUCCUCCUGGGCUGAUGGGAGGGAGGAGAGGGGAAUUCCUGUGUCAGGCAGAAGCUGCUGGCAGAAAAGAAAACCCCAAAGCUGAUGUGUCAAAUGUUCCCCAGGUGUCUCCAGAGGAGCUGACGCUUGUGCACAACCUGAGGAAGAUGGUGAUGAACGACUGGGUGAGUUCCAGGCUGGGCCUUUGGGGUGUCACUCUCAGCCACGAGGGGUUUGACGCCCUGGACCCCUUCGUGCCCAUCCUGGUGCCCAACUACAGCCCCCGGGAGUUCGAGAGCUGCUACGGGUACUACCUGGAGCGCAGGUGGCUGCAGCACGAGCAAGCUCGCACGGAGGACGGGAAGGCGGAGCUGCAGUUCCUGAGCGGCUCCAACCCGCGGCAGCUGGACCGGCUGGCGGGGCCCCUGUAGGGCAGGAACGGGGCCGGGCCCCUUCCCCUGCCC